UAAGAUGAGUGGUUUUGAAAUUCAGUUUUCUUUUUUACUUGUGUCUCUAUUUUUAGUGCGAGCAAAUAUGUGCGAAGUUCAUCUGUUGGAUUACUUCAGUGGUGUUGAACUGCCGAAUUUCUAUACAAACUGAAACCUGUAUGGGAAAACGACCGGGAGGAGGCGAGAGUGCUGAAAUACAACUGAACCAUCCAUCCACAAGUCUUGUAAUGAAUUGGACGACGGGAUUGGAAGGCUGCAAGGCCAGACGUCAUGUGACGUGGCGUUGUUCUGUGGGAAAGUUGAAGCAGAUGGCAGGAGCCCGGACACCGCCAAAGACACACAAAAUUCUAGACAAAUAUUGGAGACGUUUUGUAGUGUUUCUUGCAAAAUGUAUUUGUCUCUUAUAUUGAUGUCCAACGUACUGUUGCUUGCUGUACCAGAAAACUUCGGGUUACCCUUGGAUCAUCCCAAUGGAAACCAAACUAAUGACAUACUACCCACGUUGCUGUCUACGAUUCUUCAUCAUGUUUUCCAAUUGAACACCUUUUUAAAACAAUAUGAGGGACAACGUGAUGAGGCUGCAAUUCAACAGUCUUCUGAACUUGGGGGCCCACAUUUUCAAACAAAUACUGCUUCAGCUGGCAGCUUCCAAAUGAAUGACAAUCCUGAUCCAUUGCCAACUGGUAAUGAAACAUGGAACCUGUGCAAAAUAAUAUGCUCUCUUUACGAAAUUGUGAAUUCUAGAACAACAGAUAAGCUUACAUAUUUACAUGAUUUGUGCUAUCCAGAUAUUCAGGUUAAAUGUUUUUUUAUAAAUUCAGAAAAACUUUGUACAUAUCUCCAAGAUCUAUUGAAAGCGCUUGAUAAAGAAGAAAAAAAGUCAAUAGCCUCUGAAGUGAUUGUGUUUCUUGUGUACUUAGGAUUAACUCUUACAGUUUUUGUUCUCACAGGAAUAUGGAUCGUUCAUAUUCUUGUUAGCAAGGAAAAGAAAAAAUAAUGUUGAUAAAUAAUUAUUAAGGAAAGGAACGUCGUGUAGGAUCUGUAAUGUUUACAAUACUGCGAGGUAUACUUUGUCUCUUGAAAAAAGUUUGUAUAUUGAAGUAUGUCAGCAUAUGUUUCAGAACUUUGAAUAAAAAAAAUUGGAAUUUAAAUCAUGUUCAAAAUCAA